CUUCGACGGCCGCCCAAAUCGCAUCGUUGAGGCGCUGAACUCACGAGUCUACUCGCGAACGUAAGAUUUACUCCCGCGAUCGCAGAUCAUUCGCGCGCGCGCGCGAGAGAGAGUGUGUGAUAACAACAAGUGAAAGGAGGGCGCGAUCGCGCGGUGAAGAGAUAUUCCCGAAGUGUGGUUGCGAAACUUGACGUGCUGUGGUGUGAGGAAUUCGGGAAUUCGUCAACGGCGAGGACGACGAAGAGGAGUCGGGUGGUGGAACAGGCUCGCGGGAAGGUUGUGUUAUUGUUUUGAGCGUUGCGAGGAUCGGCGUUUGGCCAGGUGAUUCCGUACAAUAGCUAAGGGGUUUUGAAGAAGAAAAAUCAGCGAGCGGUGAAAAGUUUCGCUUUUCGCGAUUUGGUUCGGUGGAGACGAAGACGAGGUUCUGAGAUUUGACGGUGCAGGGAAGAUCGGGCCUGAAAUCGAAAGGGCCCCCGGUGAGGAGUUACUCUAGUGUGACGGGACGGGGUUUGUGCGUUUUGUUUGGGGCUUUUUUUUCUCGUGUGUACGUAAGUGUGAAGAAGGCCGAUGAUGAUGGCCGGUAGUGCUUUGUGGUCGCCGACUGGAAAAUAAUACAGCGACAGGAAGUGAGAGAUUUGAGUGUUGUUAUUUUUUUUGAGGGGUAGAUAGUCAGACGAUAGAGACGAGGACGCGAUGGAGAGCAAAGCGGAGAUUCGCUCAAAGCCGAUCCUGAGUCCGACCCGCUCGUUGGACGAGGGUUUCGAGAGUGACCCGGACCGUAUCUCGACGGAUUCGGAGCACGGAACGGCGCAGACUGCACCGGCGUUCGACGUUCUGCAGCGAACCGAUCGCGAUGGAGUUCAGCACACACAGAUCGCACGGCGAACCCAGGACGGUGGUCCGCUGGCCAAGGACAGUGGCCCCGAGAGCAUCCUCUGCCUUGACGGAGAGAUCGAGAACGAACUUCGCAGCAAGCUCGAGAAGACUACCCUGGGACGACCUCCAACGGGACUCCAACCGCAGAAGCAAAACCCCAACAACCAGCAAGCUUCCCAGCAGAUCCGUUACCGUCGAAUUAAGACACGUGCACCGCCACCUCCCCUGGGAAGCUAUUACUACCAGAAGCGAUCCCAGUCGGUGGAUUCCAUGAACCGCGCUAAUCUACACCACACAAACCCCUACGAACCACCCGGUGGCGGAAUGUCCCCCCACCUGGUCGACAUGGUCAACAGCCACGGCGACGUCCUGGCCGGCCGGUUCGUACGUGUCUCGGUUGAUCCGCGCCACCAGGCGCCGCCACAGCAUCAAUCGCUCCAGCAUCAACCGCUCCAGAACCACCCGUACCGCCACUCGUCCCUCUCGACCAACAACAUCUACAAGUACUGUCACGCAUCGACGCCAAUGACCCACCACCACCAAAUGCACUCGAUGCAUCACAACCAUCACGGUCACCAACAUCACCACCACCAUCACCACUCCAACCCGCAACGCAACGGCAAUCUGUACUCACUGCCGCCGCAGUACGGCGGAUUAUCCGCCGAUCCGGACCCAACAAUGAUCCAGUCACAACCUCCGAUAAGCGGAGGAGCAGGAGCAGGAGGAGGUCGCAGCUACAAACAUUUCAACCACGUUCCAGUGUGCUGGACGCAGUCGAUACCAAGGCAAACUAGACGGUACAUCACACCGACCGCCUUGCCCCAGUUGAUAGCCCCGUCGAACAAAUCGUCGUCGUCCUUCACCGGGGGUGGCACCGGCAGCGGCAUCUCCCAGAAGCUCCGCGAUCUGGCCACCUCGGCCGGUCUGCUGACGGCGAAGCCGCGGCCCCCGCUCAAGCCGGUCAUCAAGUCAAGCUCGCCCCGCGGCGCCGGGGGAGGAUCCUCCAGCAGCACCGGAAGUGGCGGUGAAUUCCCGAAAAAGGUCACGUUCAGCGCGUUCGCCACCGUGCAGGUCGUUUGACCAUGCGGAUACAAAAUACGCCAAAACUCAACGAGAAACGAAGGGGGGGAGGGGACCAGCACCAAACGACAAACUACAACCCAGCAAAUAUCAAUUAUUUCGUGCAAUUAUCGGAAAUAAUUCGUUAUUUGCACCAACCAACGAACAACGCGAACAAGCACUCGCGACACAACAUGCAUAAUAGUGCGUUUAGACUCCAGACGACUGUGCCAGCAAUGACAGCGUUCACAAUGUGCAAGAAACCCAGAACCAGCAAAACCGUUUACGAAAAACAUCACAACUAAAACACACGUUGAAAAACACUUGCCAGAACACGCGACACACGUGAGACCAGAGUACGGAACACACAGCUCGAUAGAACAGUGGCUUAAAAUCGGAAAAAUAAUGGUCAAAAUAACCCAACGAACAACCCUUAAAAAACAAUUUUGACCAAAUUUCACACCAAUCUGACCCAUUGUGCACUUUGAACCACUAAACGAACCUUUCGAUCGGUACCAAUUUUCUCGUCAACACAGCAACAACAAAAAACCCAGCCCCGACGAUUGCGAUCACGUAGCGGCAAGUGGACAAAUCAGAUCGCGCGACUUACCUUCCCCAUGUGGUCCUGGACGUACUCUCGGCUAUAAAUAUAUGCAAUCGAACUGUAUUAUAGAACCCCUAUAUUAUGUUAGACAACGAAGGAAAAAAACACACUACACAUAAACACCACUCAUUUGUGAUUUACGAGCCAUUUUUAGCCUUUACUAGUAAGUGAACGAGGGGAAAUGUUUCCUUUUGCUAACUAAAUUUUAUUAUUCUAUUUUUUCAACCGUUGCUCGUCUAACAAGAAAUUUAAAUACUUCUAAUUAAAAUCAAAACCUUUUUCCAACAUUAGAAAGUGGAUUUGAACAUUCAGGGUGGAAAUGGUGUUCCUUAUUAUUGCCAGUGUGAUUUUUUUCGUUGAAAGAUUCAAUUUCUUAAAAAUAUCAGUAAUUAGCAGUGAAAGAUCUAACUGGCUGAAACAUUUUGGGGACCUUUCCUAUGAUAUAAGCUGGCAUUUUGUAUCAUUGGUUCGUCCAUACAAUUUUGACUUUAAGCUGUACAAAAAAUGUAUAAAAGUAUUCGAAAAUCUGUAUGAUGCACGGAGAAAAAUCUGUUCCCAAAAUCUUGCAUUGACACGCUUUCAAAUUUGGAAUUAAAACACCUUAUUCAUGGUUCCGAAUUUCAUGAUCGUUUGUUCACGAUUUAGUAAACUGAUCUUUUUCGUGCCAGAAGGAGUUUAUUGAUUGGUAUUCCGCAAAGUUAAGGGUUAGGAUGAGGAUUAUUUAAAGAAAAACAUUGUUACACUCUCAAAAAAAACUUAUUUUUAACAAUCUUUUUUGGCAAAUUGUUAAAUAUCUAGUAAACCGUGAACUUUAAAAAGUAUAGAAAACGAUCUCUAACAAUUUCAAAUAAUCAUUUUUAAAAGCAACAUCGAAAUCGAAAAGCACCUUAUUUUUUCAAGAAAAUGCACAACUUUCGUGUUAAAGCCAUUUCAGGGUGAAUUUUAGGUAAUAAUAUGAAUAUUGUUUGUUUUCUUUCAAAAGUGCACAUGAAAUCCCUUUCUGAAACUGUUUUUUUCUAGUGGCUGAGAUAAUGCUCAUUGUCGGACUCAAAAAAUCGGACAAAUAACUUAAAUUGAGAAAAUUUAGAGAAUGGUCAAACAUUGUAUAUUAGGCCUUUUUCAAAUGUUAUCCUUAGUUUAUUGAUAUUUUGGAAUAUUUCUACACUGAAACCCCGAUGGUUUGACAUCAAUUUUUUUCAAACGAAUGGUGUCACUUUUUAGUUUGACACCGUCUUCACACGGAGCUUACACUUACUACCAAACAUUUGGUUUGAUAGUAUGUGUGAGUCCCGUGUAAAAAAGUGACAGUUCAUCACAUUUUAGUUUGACUUUGUCAAACCAACAAGAUACAAACUAAAAAGUGUCAAACGAAAAAGUGACCAACCCCCGGGGGAUGAGUUCAUUUGAAUGUUUGGAAUUUUUUACUAAUAGUUUGUUUUCAAUGUUAAAAAAGACUAAAAAUUGCGAGAAAUUGUCGAGACUAACGCUCGUUUAAAAAACAAAUAAAACAUAUUUUUCUCACGUUCAAUUCAUAGAAAUUUUAUAUCUCGACAUCUAUUUGUUUGAUUUUCAAAAUCCAAGCAUCAAAAUUGUAAUCGAUUGUUCAAUCGUUUGAAAAAUGUAUUUUCAGCUAGGAUCAAACAUGGGCACCAUUGUUACCUAAAUCAAAAAUAUACAUUUUCACCAGACCUAAGUUUCUUGUUGCUAAACACGAAGAAGGUGCAUUUCAUCGAAAAAAUUAAGCUGGUUUUCUAUUUUAGUUUAAUUUUGUUCAGAAAAAAUAUCAUAGAAAAAAUCUUUGAUUUUCAAAACUGGGGACAGAAAAGGCAACUUUUUUGAGAAUUUUACUCUUUGCAUAAUCAUUUUUUUAGCGAAUAAAAACAAAUUAAUUGAAGUGGUUUAUUUAAAGAGUGCCUUUUUUCUGAGUCAUCUCAUCAUACCUUCAACAAAAGACGCAACAUUGAUCAGAAAAUCACUUUUUAAAACACAGAUUUUGGAAUACUGACAUACCAUAGUUGUGUGGACAGCUACCAAAAAACGGUUAUUCGUUCGAUCAACAAAACAAUUACUGAAAAGAAAAUUAGAUCUUUUAAAAUACACCAUCAAUAUUUAUAAUUUUUUUUUCAAAAUUUCCAGCAGACGCUUACAGGAUAAAAAUCCUGUAAGCAGAAUGUUUGAAAAAAUCACAAAUUCAAUUUUGAAUAAAAAGUUAUUGAUUGCGAAAACAAAACAUUCGACGUUAUCGUACUAUCUUGUCGCAAGUCGCUUUUUGACGUUCCAAGAAAAACUCGUUUUAAUGUUUGACCUAUCCGGAACCCGGAUAUAUAAUCAAAGGGCUUACAGUAGUUGGGCAAGUACGUGUGUCAAACGAGCUCUGACCUGAACUCUCUGUGGCCAGUUGUCGCUCUUACAGCAAUUUUUCAGAAUGUGUCAAGAUAGUACGAUCAAAUUGAAUCUUAUUUCAUAUGAAAAAUGACAACAAUGCACAGAGUUUUCCGGUCUUUAGGGGAUCUGUGAAAAUCUAAAGGUGUGGCAUUGAGAGCAGCAUGAAAUGACUUGGUUUCGAAUUCGUCAACAUUGAUGUUAUGCAUUCGCUCACAAGAUCUCUAUCCGGUUUAACCUCUUAACACCCAGAGGCCUUUCCGGAUCAACCUUCAUUUACUUUGAUCCCAUCGAGCAAAACAAACCGAAAACCCAAAAUCAAUCCCAAUCUGCUCGAUCAACCACAAUCGUUCACCGAUCGAGCCGGAAAUUGCCCGCUUAACUGGCAACACUUUCACAAAAUUAGCCACCACAAGAUCAACAACCGAUCGGACGCAAUUUAAGAAAUCACCCCUCGUCCUCUACCCCUUCGAAAUAAUUACUCCACACGUGAGCAACACCCAACACAUCCCACACACGUGAAUCGGUAAUAACCUCCCCCAACAAAUCGGUGAUCAAAUUGUUCGAUCAGUCGGCGCGGUUCACGGUUGUGUUACGCAACACAAUCAAAGUCACGUGCUCUGGGUUUAUUUAAGACAAAAAAGCGUGUUAUUUUAUUUUAAAUCUUUUCCCUCUAAUCGGCUCAGUCCCUCAUUUUACACUGUAUACUAUUGUUGUAAGUAAUGUAUAGAAAAAAACAAUUUAAAUCAAUCAAUUUUAGCUUUACACUUAAGCAAUGAAUCACAAAUAAAGUUACGCUAAUCAAUUCUAGGGUAUGAAAAUGUAAUAAAAAAACAAAUUAAACAAAAGUCACUCAGAUGAUGUGUGACGCGAUUUGGAAACAAGCAUCGAAAAACGUGUAAAUAUUGGCUGACUAAAAGAGCAAUGAGCUGGAUGUCAAAUUUGUAAAUAAGAGAAACGAAGUGGAAAUCUAAUAAAAAUGCAUACGCACACACAAAUAGUGAGAAAGAAGAAAA